AGCUGGGGUUUUUCUGGCAGAAGGUGCCAGUCUCGGUAGCACAGUUCCCGGCAUAGCUUUCCCGGCCGCAGCCGCCAAAGGGGCGUGUCCUGUGAUGGGGUUACACAAGCAGGUUCAAAGCGGGCAAGGGCUUUUCCUUUCACAUUCCCACUUCCUGAAACCAAAGCUGUUGAGGAGAAUCGCUGUGUUUCCAGGAAGGCUGUGCCGGAAUUAACGAUUGUCAGAGUCACACUGCGGGUCUUGAGUGUUUCUUAACUUCUUCUGGGAUAAAAAUGCUCAGCUUGAGUUCCUUUCUUAUCCUGUGAGCGAGAAGAAGUUGGCAUACCCGCGUCAUCCGUGGAGAACCUGAGGGAGUGGAAUCUGCCUUGGCAACACUGGCUGACACAGUCUGAGCAACUCAGACUCAGGCGACCCUCCCAGCAGGGAAAGUGACUUUGGGGUCCUCUCACUGACCCUCACAGAAGUGAGCUUGGCUGCAGGGAGUGAAUUCCAUCUACUAGAAAGGAGACCUACGCCUCAUCGUGGGAGCCAGUUUCCAUACUCACAAGGCCCAGAUGCUGGCGCAUUUCUGAAGGCACAAAGUGGACUCAAGGAUUUAUCAUAUCAUUAUUAAGGGCCACCUGCUUCUGGGUCACCUCAGCGGAGAGGGUGACAAGGGCCUAUCUCACAUCCUAGUCCCGAGUGCUUUCCUUGUAAAGCAAAUGGCCACCUUCAAGAAAGAAUACUACUGAAAAAAAGUGUGCUUUCAACUGCAUGCACUUUGAAGAACAUUUCAAAUUCCUCUCACUGGAAGACACAGAUGGACCGAACCAAGGGGAAGAAUGAAGCGUCAGGGUACCUCGGCCUUCAAGGGACUUCUUUAUUGAGAAUCAAUGCCUCUCCUAGGUAAUUGAUCACCGUAGACCCAGGGACACUCAAUUCAUCCUGGAGGGUGGGUAAUCGUCAUGAAUAAUCAAGACGCUGUGGCUUCGAUAUUGCAUGAAUGCAAGCAAGCGCUGGAUCAUCUCUUGUUGGAAACGCCAGAUGUGUCUACCGAAGACAAGAGUGAGGACCAGCGGUGCAGAGCUUCACUCCCCAACGAGUUAAGGACCCUGAUCCAGGAGGCAAAGGAAAUGAAGUGGCCCUUCGUGCCUGAAAGGUGGCAGUACAAACAAGCCAUGAGCCCAGAGGACAAAACAAACCUGCAAGAUGUGAUUGGCGCCAGGCUGCAGCAGCUACUGGCGGCCUUGCGAGCCUCCAUCCUUGUCCGGGACUGCGCUGCCGCCGCCGCUAUUGUCUUCUUGAUGGACCGGUUCCUGUAUGGACUCGACGUCUCGGGAAAACUCCUGCAGGUCGCCAAAGGCCUGCACAAGUUGCAGCCCGAGACGCCCAUCGCCCCGCAGGUGGUCAUCCGCCAAGCCCGGGUCUCCGUCAACUCAGGGAAACUGCUGAAGGCCGAGUACAUCCUGAGCAGCCUGAUAAGCAACAACGGAGCAACCGGUACCUGGCUGUAUAGAAACGAGAGUGACAAAAUCCUGGUGCAGUCGGUCUGUAUACAGAUCAGAGGACAAAUUCUGCAGAAGCUAGGCAUGUGGUACGAAGCGGCAGAGCUGAUAUGGGCCUCCGUCGUUGGCUAUCUGACGCUCCCUCAGCCAGAUAAAAAGGGCAUUUCCACAUCACUGGGUAUACUGGCGGACAUCUUCGUUUCCAUGAGCAAAGCAGAUUAUGAAAAGUUUAAGAACAACCCACAGGUUAACUUGGCCUUGCUCAAGGAGUUUGACCACCAUUUGCUGUCAGCGGCCGAAGCCUGCAAACUGGCGGCUGCCUUCAGUGCUUACACGCCCCUGUUUGUGCUCACAGCUGUGAAUAUCCGUGGAACGUGCUUAUUGUCAUAUAGUAGCUCUACUGACUGUCCCCCAGGAUUGAAAAGUGGGUAUCUGUGUGAUGCCAAAGAGGCUUUUGAGAUUGGCCUCCUGACCAAGAAAGACGGAGAGCUGGUUAGUGGGAAGCAGGAGCUGCACAGUUUCAUCAAAGCCGCUUUCGGCCUCGCCACGGUGCACGGCAGGCUGUAUGGGGAGACAGAUGUGGUCCGCGCUGCAAGGCAGCUGUGCAGAGACGCUGUGGAGAAGCUGUACACCUAUAGUACUUCCUCCACCAGCCAGGAUCGAGAAGCCCUGUCUCGGAAAAUCAUGUCUCUUGUCAGCCAGGUGAAGAGACAUCUCCAAGUUCAAAGCUUCCCACAUUUAGAUGAGAGAUCUUACGUCCCAGAGAGUUUCAAGGGUGGCUUGGAUAAGCCGAUCUUGCACGGGCACAUGGAUUUCCAACAAAUUCUUGAAACCUAUUCCCAACACCAUGCUUCCGUGUGUGAAGUAUUUGAAAGCUCUUGCGGGAACAACAAAGGCAACCAGAAAGACACAAAACCAGAGGUCUGUAUCACUGCUCUGAAAACAGAAACAAACACCAUGGAUACUAUGGGUGCUACUCUAGAGAAACUGUGUUCUCAAGGGAGCAGGAGUAUAACUUCCUCCCAGAUGACUGAGAAAGACCAGGAGAAGCUCAGAAGGGUAAGGAGAAGAAGUUGGACCCAUUCUGAGGCAUUUCGAGUCUCCCUGGAUCAAGAUAUGGGGACUGAGACUGAGCCGCCAAGCCAGAGCAAUGGCAGGGAAAAUGUUCCCCACACGUCUCUGAGUGAAAGCCGUAGCUCCAGUUCUUGGAGCAAACUGUCAGGCCUCAGCUCUUCUGCAAGUUGGGAGGAGGUGAACUGUGGUGUUGAGGAUAUGGCAAGGAGAGACUCCAGCAAAGCAGAACAUCUUGUGGACACUCAGUGCUCCAUGGCCAUGUCUGAGGAGCCCAAGACCGACAGAAGCGGCAAAGCUACAGACUUGUUUUCAAAGCUGCAUGGUGUCUUUCUUCAGGAAACUGAAGAUCACGGCCUGGAGUCUACACAAAGGCAGUUGCACAAAUACACGUCAUUAACACCCAUCCUUCCUCUCAACACAGCAGACACAUGCUUGGCCACGGGUACGGGGUUAUUAGAAGGCCGUGAAGGAAACCAGGAUGUCGGAAAUGAAGGACCUAGGAAUACUUCUCUUCAGUCCAGUCCUUCAUGUGGCUCUGUUUCCUGGUCCUUGUCUAGUUCUAACAAGUUCACAGACAUGGCUACAUAUCCUUCAGUUCAAGAAGAAGAAACCUGUGAAAUAGUUGGUUCCUUUCCAGAAACUAAGUUUAACAUCAAAGACAGGUGUGGAGGAAAGAAUGGGGGAAAGCUCACAGGGCCUGAAUGUAAUGAUGGUCCCUCCUCAGUUGACCCGGAAGAGGAAACAGAAGAAAGAAGAGAAGAUGAGCCGCCACACUCUCAGGUAGUACUGGAAUCUUUAGAAGGCAGCCAUUCAAGGCUGACGUGUAGCACUUCCUCUCAUCUGUCUGUUCAGGGUGAUGGCUCAGCAAAGACAGGCAGCUCAAUCAAAGACCAGGGCACGGACCCUGACGCCUCUACAGAGAAUGAGGAAGGCAAACUCCUCGACAGCACAGAGGUCUACCCCACUGGCCAAAAUGGCGCUCACAGACCUAGUGCUCUGAGGCCAGGUCAGAGAGACGAGAGGCCCAAUUCCUCUGUCAGUGGCUACAGUCCCUUCCCUGUCCUCGACGAGGACUUCAGCACCACAGAGGAGGAAAAGGACCCUGGGAGCCUGCUGAAGAGCAGCCAGAACUCCAGCUCCUCCUUACAGGGGUGGCAGAAACCACCUGCCUUUUCCAGCAGCUCUUCGGAGGGGGAAAGUUCAUGGUCUCUUCUGAGCUCCAGCAGAAGCUCGUUCGCCUCAUUGCCAGGACAGACCAGGCAAGAGGUCUUUGAAGCUCGCACCCUGCAACCUGAUGACCUUGAAAAACUUCUGGCGGGAGUGAAAAACGACUGGCUGCUUCAGAGACUGGAGAAUACAGGAGUUUUACAGGCCAAUCAACUCCAACGUGCACACAACGCCCUUCUGCUAAAAUAUUCCAAAAAAUCUGAAUUGUGGACAGCCCAGGAAACUGUGGUGUAUUUAGGGGACUACCUGAAAGUGAAGAAGAAAGGCAAGCAGAGAAAUGCAUUUUGGGUCCACUGUCUUCAUCAAGAGGAAACUCUGGGGAGAUACGUUGGGAAGGAAUACAAAGAGUGGAAGGGGCUGCGGCAUCACUUCACCGAUGUGGAGCGGCAGAUGACGGCGCAGCACUAUGUGACAGAAUUUAACAAAAGACUCUACGAACAAAAGAUCCCAACGCAGAUAUUCUACAUCCCAUCCACAGUAUUGCUGAUUUUGGAAGACAAGACUAUAAAGGGAUGCAUCAGUGUGGAACCUUACAUACUGGGAGAAUUCGUCAAGUUGUCAAAUAACACAAAAGUGGUCAAAACUGAGUACAAAGCUACAGAGUAUGGCUUGGCUUAUGGCCAUUUUUCUUAUGAAUUUUCUAAGCACAGAGACGUUGUGGUUGAUUUGCAAGGUUGGGUGACUGGCAAUGGAAAAGGCCUCAUCUAUCUUACAGACCCUCAGAUUCACUCUGUCGAUCAGAAAGAUGUCACCACAAAUUUUGGAAAACGGGGGAUAUUUUAUUUCUUUAAUAACCAACACGCAAGAUGUAAUGAAAUAUGUCACCGUCUUUCUCUGACCAGACCUUCCCUAGAGAAAUCAAGUAACAUGUAGGCUGUAGGUUAGCAGCUUGAUGCCUCCCCCAGGGCGCACAGCAUGGCGAGAUUGAUCCUUUCAGCCAUUGACUUACAAGAGGAUUUGGAAAUGUAUGAUUCAAGCCGUCGACUUACAAGAGGAAUUGGAAAAUGUCAGUUCCAGGCCCACACUUACUUGCCAGGACAAGAUUCUGCAGACCUUGCUCCCUCUGACACGGGAACAUGUCAGGGGCUGUACUGGGUUGUAUAUGAUGUUGGAGGUCCUGAGGUGUAUUGUUAAGACAACAUAUAGGAUAGAAAACUCGGCUGAAAAUAAACUUCUGUCGUUUAAGUCAUUGUGA